CUGAUGGGUAAGGACUCGGUGCAAGACGGCGCGUCCCUGACGACAGCACGAGGACGACGAGGAUGGGGCGUGCCUGGCGACGCAGCGGGCGGAAGGCGGCGCGGCGGCCGGCGGUCGGGCGGCGACGGCGGGGACGAGGCGGAGGGCGGCGCGGGGCCCGGCGACGGCGAGGCGGUCCCGCACCUCCCGCUCGCGCGGCCCAAGUCCCUGCUGCAGAAGCUGCAGAGCUCCUUCCAGGCGGCCUGGCUGCGGGACUUCCCCUGGCUGCGCUACUGCCAGGACACCGGCCUCAUGUCCUGCGGCUGGUGCCAGAAGACCCCCGCGGACGGCGGCGGCGGGGACCUGCCCCCCGGGGGCCACGACGAGCUGUCGCGAGGGACCCGCAACUACAAGAAGACCCUGCUCCUGCGGCACCACGUCUCCACGGAGCACAAGCUCCACGAAGCCAACGCCCAGGAAUCAGAAAUACCUUCAGAAGAGGGAUACUGUGACUUUAAUAGUAGGCCAAAUGAAAACUCUUAUUGCUAUCAACUUCUUCGACAAUUAAAUGAGCAGAGAAAGAAAGGUAUUCUUUGUGAUGUCAGCAUUGUGGUGAGCGGAAAAAUCUUUAAAGCUCAUAAGAACAUCCUGGUUGCAGGCAGCCGUUUCUUUAAGACUUUAUAUUGCUUUUCCAACAAAGAAAGCCCUAACCAAAACAAUACUACCCACUUAGAUAUUGCUGCAGUUCAAGGUUUCUCCGUCAUCUUGGACUUCCUGUACUCUGGUAACCUGGUGCUCACAAGCCAAAAUGCCAUUGAAGUGAUGACCGUGGCCAGCUAUCUGCAAAUGAGCGAAGUUGUUCAGACUUGCCGAAAUUUCAUUAAAGAUGCCUUAAAUAUAAGCAUUAAAUCUGAAGCUCCGGAGUCUGUGGUUGUGGACUAUAACAACAGAAAACCAGUUAGUAGAGAUGGUCUGUCUUCAUCGCGGGAUCAAAAAAUUGCCAGUUUUUGGGCAACACGGAAUCUUACCAAUUUGGCAAGUAAUGUAAAAACUGAAAAUGAUGGUUGCAAUGUCGAUGAGGGCCAAAUGGAGAACUACCAAAUGAAUGACAGUGGUUGGGCUCAGGAUGGUUCACCUGAAUUGACUGAAAGUGAAGCCCCAAGUCAAACAAAAGUGUUUAUUUGGAAUAAUAUGGGCUCCCAGGGAAUUCAAGAAACUGGCAACAAAACAAGGAGGAAAAACCAAACUGCAAAGAGAUUUAUUUAUAAUAUACCACCUAAUAAUGAAACAAGUUUGGAAGACUGCUCCGUGAUGCAGCCACCUGUUGCCUAUCCAGAAGAAGAUAUGUCGUUCAUUAAGGAAGAACCGGAUCUGGAUGGUGCUCUGCUCCCGGGGCCGGACUGUGACAGGAAUGUGAACGCAAACGUGCUGGCAGAAGCCAGCUUGGGGCAGGAUGCAGGCGAUGCUGGUACUUCACAUGAUUUCAAGUAUGGCCUGAUGCCUGGCCCAUCAAGUGAUUUCAAGUAUGGAUUGCUACCAGGUACUUCAAACGAUUUCAAGUAUGGAUUGCUACCAGGUGCUGCAAACGAUUUCAAGUAUGGAUUGUUGCCUGAAUCUUGGCCAAAACAAGAAACUUGGGAAAAUGGUGAAUCAUCUCUAAACAUGAACAAGUUAAAAUGCCCUCAUUGUACCUAUGUAGCCAAAUACAGACGAACACUAAAAAGGCAUUUGCUCAUUCAUACGGGAGUCAGAUCCUUUAGCUGUGAUAUUUGUGGAAAACUGUUUACUCGCAGAGAGCAUGUAAAAAGACAUUCCCUGGUGCAUAAAAAGGAUAAAAAAUACAAAUGUAUGGUGUGUAAGAAGAUCUUCAUAUUAGCUGCCAGUGUUGGAAUCAGACAUGGAUCUCGACGCUAUGGUAUUUGUGUAGAAUGUGCAGAUAAACCACGGCCAGGAAGGCAAGAAGGUGUAGAUCAGGGACAGGAGACAGAUUUCCCUCGGGAUGAAGAGUACGAGGAGAACGAAGGGGGAGAAGCCGAAGAAGAGCUGGCUGACGAGGGAGACGAUCAGAACCACCCGUCACGAUGGGACGAGUUGGGAGACGUCUGUAUGUCUCAGGAUGAUUAACUGGCCUACUCUGCUCCUCAAGGAUGCUGCAUUGGGACGUAAUAUGAAGCGACAAUUUGAAUUGUUGAACUUGAAGGCUUGCAAAUAUGGUACAUGCUGGAUGGUAGUUAAGUUGCUGUGAAAACUGUAGGGUCAAAGCCUUAUAGCAAAAUUUUUUUAUAUUUGCACAGGACUGGACAGCAACCAACCUUGUGGUUGGAUUACAUGGAGUCCCCACAUUUUCAGUCAGUUAUCAAAGUAAAAAUAUUUUUUAUUUAUAGGAUAUACAGUAACUCUUUGGGUCCUAAUGAAAAUGGAUUACCUGUCUGUAAAGAGCUGACGUUUACGUACCAGUUUAACCGGAAUGAAGAAAAUCCAGUUACGAGAAUACAGUGACAGCUGGCCCAACUACACUGUCCACCAAACCACUCAGGCUAGUUUGUACUAGUAGAGUUUUGUUUCUAUUUUUAUUUUUAUUAAUUUUAUUUUUUUUAAUACAGAUUUUCAGUGAGGGGCCUUUUCAACCCCAUUGGUUGUACUUUUCUGUAUUUUCCAUUUUGAUUUGCUUCAUAAGUUAAACCAAGUCUCUUCUAGUCUUAGGUAUUAUUUCUCAAUUUUGUGCUGAUGGGCAUGUUUAUAAGAACUGGAGAGGUAAUUUAUUGGAAUGAACUAAUUGACUUCCUCCAUUCCCCCUUCCUUUUUGACAUGAAUUUUACUACUUCACAAACGAAGAAUGAUGUUGCAAAGUUACCGUGACGAAGUUGAUAAAUACCACUAAAUGAUUAUGAUUUAGAAGUCACUUCCUCUUGCUGCUCUAAUCUGAUAAAAUGGUUCUACAUGAUGUUUUCUGACAUGGUAUUCGGUUUUGGGUAUCUGUUACUUUGGCACUAUUCUUGUUUGCCUUUUUUUAUUUUUGCCAGUGUACUAUACCUCAGUCCUAUUUGAAAAGACAGAAAUCUGAUCGAAAGAAGAGUCAUAGAAACAAUAAGUAAAAUGAUUUGUUUUAUGAUUUAUCCUCCAUGUCCAGUUUGGUUAGCUUGUUAUGCAAUAUAAGUGAACUAUCAGGUUUUUACUCUUGUGCCCUUUUACCAUUAAAAUUAACACAAAAAUUGCAUUCUCUUUUGUUUCAUAUUUACUGGGAUAUUCAGUGUUUUAAAAUUAUGAUAGACAAUUAUUUUUUUCAAUUCCUUAGUCACUACACCUUGGUAUGCAGUCUUUCUAGUAGUCACCUUGAUUCAGUGAUCUGCAAAAGUCUUACAAAUAAAAUAUUGAGGCUUUACAAUUUAUGAUUAACUGAAUUUUUCAGGAUACAAGAGGUGAUAUAUUAUAAAGUAGAAAUUGUCAGGUUUAUGUAGCCUGAUGAUAGAUGAAUUAGCUAAUUGUAAGACAGCAAGAUGUCACAUAAUUAAUAUUAAUGUGCACAACAUUAUCAGGAACAUAUUGUAUAUUAUAUCGAGUGAGGGAUAUCAAACUUUCAGCUUUCUUUUAAAUAGAGAUUGAGCAUAUUUUCCUGCUGUGUGGUGCUCCAUUUGAUCAAGGGUGAAACAUUGAUACUUUUCUAAGAGAUGCUUUCUCAUUAUCUUUGAUUUCAGUAAAAUGAUUUCAGUAAAAUGAUUUCAGUAAAAUGAUGCUUAAAUGUUAGACAUCAAUGUUUCUGCCCAGAUAAAUCAAAGAUAUAAAGUACAGUUACAUGGUCAGAUGCAUCUUUCAUUAUCUAAACUUUAUUAUAGUUUCUACAUAACUGUAAAACUGACACGAAUAGUUUUGGUUUGAUUUUUAAGACUGAAGAGUACAUCUUAUUCUCAAUGUUCUAGGUAAAGGAGUAAAAUGUAGUUCUGGUGGGGUCCAAAGUAGACGUUAGUUGGGUAAAGAUACUAUGAAUGAAAAAGUAUUUUAAGCAUAAAAUGUUCUGCAUUGUGAAUAUGUAAGUAUAGUAUAAAGAUUUCUUUCAUCCCAUUUAUCCCCCUCCUUUAAAAUAAACCAUAGUUUACAAUCGGUAGAUCUGUCUAUAUAUAAAUAUAUAUUAAAGAGAAAAGAUAUAUAUCUGAAAGUUGCUAAAUCUGCUUUAUUAGACUGCAGGUCACUUAUUGCAUAGAAACUGGACUGGGCUUUACACUCUAAUGUACUUUUUACUUUUCCCAAGGUAUGAACUUAUUCUCUUUAAGUUGAAUUUUCUUUACUACUUAAAUCAUUUAUGUAUAUCUGGUAAAUUAUGACCAAAUUUCUGUUAGAUUGCAUACAGUAAAUUGAAAUACACAUGUGGUACACUACAGGAUUGUUGUGCUUUUGCUUGGUUUAGUUGGAAGCAAAGUUUGAUGUAGAUGGCUUGUUACUGUUAAUUUAAGAUAUUCUAUGAUUGUCCAUUACUUUUUAUGUUGUGUUAUGACAGAUCGGACUAUAUUACUUUACCAUAUUGUUUUUAGAAAGGCAAUCCAAAGGAAAAAUGUUUAUACUCUUGAAUAUAUUAGCCUCAGCCUAUAUAAAAGUUUCUUCUUUAAAGUAAGCGUUUCACAAGAAACAGAACUGACAAACUUUUUUACUUGCUGACUCCCUAAUUUAUUUUGUUCGAUGAUCUUGAGGGACUGCCUUUACCCUUCUAGAUCAUUUUUAAAAACUAGUUUUAGUACUAAGGUAUACUACUGGAUGUUUCUAUUUUUUUAAGUAUGUUCUUUUUCUGACUUACAGUACAAAUUCAGGAAGUUGAGAUGCUAAGAACUUAGGGUUGGUCUCCCAGGUAACAACGAAAUACCCAUAGUUUGGUCUGUGGGGCCCUGGCAGAAUUGUGUGUAACACAUUUGCUGAAUUUUUCUCUCAUAACUUAAAAUUAAAAAUAUUUCAGAGCUUUUAAUUUUAAUGAAGGGGAAGAGCAUGAACUGCCUCUCUGCUGUUCACUGUAGUACAGACCCUCUCAGAUAAAUCAAGGUCAUACACUGUUUCUUAGGCUUCUGACAGUCACCGCUACACGGUCCCCACACUGUCAUUCAGAGUUUGGCCCUCAUUUUUCAUAGUCACUAGAUGUUUUGCUAAAUUUUAGUACCACAGCAACUAAGCUGAAAAAAGAAGAGAUGUUACAGGAAGGGAAACUGAACAGUCAUGUAGCUUUGAAAUUUGGGGGAAAACAUUCACUGGUUUGGGUAGAGCCAUCCUGAUGAGGAGAAUGAGGUCAUGUGUAGACUCUUGUCAGAUGCUUAGAACACUGGCAGUUGUUCAGUAAUAGACGGGAACCAAGAGGAAAAGAAGGAACGAGGAAGGGGGAAGAGAGAAACUCUAUCACUACAACAUAGUGUCAAAGGCCUGAAAAGAACUGGAGCAGUGUAAUCAUGGAGAAAGUAUGAUGAGAUGGGUUUUUAAAAUCACAAAUUUUAAAACUUUGAUAAGCUUUACUUAUAUUUUUAGGACUUUGUCAACAUAGAAUGAAGAGUUUAUUUUUCUGAAUAAUGAUUCCAAAAGCUACCAUUUUUUAGUGCCUACACGUGCCGUUGCGCUUUAUUUGAUCUGUUCUCUCUAAGGUAGGUGCUAUUGUCUCCAUUUUAUAGACAGGAAAGGCUCCCAGCGGCCGCCUGCUGGCUGUAGCAGCCGCAGGGCCAGGGCCAGGGCCAGGCCGAGCUGCUCCCACCACCGCCUCCUCCGAGCCCGGCCCUUCUGGAGGCUCCACUGGGCCUCAUGCAACAGCUUUUGUAGAAGUUCACCCUUUUAAGGAGUCCCCUGUGGAGACACAUUUCCCUUAGAACAGCUGUUCGGAAUCUAGCGUCUACGCCUUUCUCUCCGCUGUCCCCAGGUGCACAUCCUCCCUACCUUCCUCCUGUGCAGCCAUCGCUGCACCACCUGCCUACAAACCAGGCACCCAGCCUCAGUGCGGCAUUUCAUUUUUCAAUGAAAGAAACAUGAACCCCAGGUCUAGUGCCGUUCAGUCACCCAGAUCCUUAAACUUAAACAUGGUCCAGGCGUCUCUGAGUCCCUUUCGGGUGAGACGGGAAGCUUUGCUCCUGCUGUGGCCCUGCCUCCCGGCGGGGGCAGCUCUAGGCAGCCAGGCUGUGUGGGGGGAAGCUACAGGAAGCCCUGCCGUGGGACCCUGGGGACUUAGCUGUGGAUGGAGUACACUGGCUACUGGAAACACCGUUUUGGGUUGAGGAGAGGGGUGGUUGAGGCCAUUAUGAAAUGGGAGAAUCAGCAUUUAACACUGUAAACAUAGAAAGAACACUUUCUCUGCCUGCUGUUUGUAAAAGCUCUUUGGGAAGAUCUUUUACGAAGACCAAUUUUUAAAUGUAACUUACCUACCUAGUAUAAGUGUCCUAAGACAUGUAUGUAAACUUCCAAGACUGUUUGUCCGUGUAUUUAGAAAAUACACAAGAAUCUUUAUCAAACCUAAAAAUAUAAACUUGUGAGCACUAAA